GUUGACAUCUGAGCAGGUCUGAUCAUUGAUUGGCUGGAAGGACUUUUCAAGGUGUGUCUUUCAACAAGAAGAUAUUUCAGUUUCAAGGAGAUGUUAGUGGAACAUGAUAGCUGUUUUGUGUGUUUGUGGCGACGCCAGAUUUGUUGCAUGGGCUACUGAUGGCCAGCACCUCCCAAACAAUAAAGGAUUGCAGGGAGUCAUUCUCAGGCCCUGCUGAUAGUUAUCCAACUCCUGGGAAACUUGCCAGAGUUUGGACAUAACACACAUUCCUGAAGUGCUGUUUGAUCUUUUCGUCUUUGCAGGUUUACGGAGACUUGGAAAUAAAAUAACCUUGCGCUCUUGCAAAGACACAAUCAGAAGAUUAUGAAGCACAUCUCCAUUUCUAGCUGGUUGUCUCAGCUGGGUCUCCCAGAGUAUGGCACUCUUUUUGAUCAACAGUAUGAUGGGGUAGAGGAUUUACUACAUCUGACAGAAGCUGAACUCAAGAGAAUGGGAGUGAAGAAUCAAAUCCACCGGACACACAUAAUUUCCAACAUUUCGCUUCUUCAAGAAGCAGAAAGAAAACAAGAGUUGAGAAUGAUAGCAGCUGGGAAAUUUGCAAGUCUCCCAAGGAAUAUGCAGAUGAGCCACGAAUUUUCCUUGGCCUCGUCUAUGGACCUUUUGACCAGCAAACCAUCCCUGGCUGCUGAUCAUCGCUCCGGCAUAUGUCAAGAUGUUUCAAUCCAUGGCACUCUCCCAAGGAAGAAAAGGGGGCCCAUUCCUGUUGGAUCUUCUGACCCCCUUCACCAUAUGGGGACUUCACCAUAUUGCAAAGGGCUCCGACCACAAGGACCUUCAAUUCAAAAUAUCAUAGAGGAGUAUCCCCAGAAAAACAAGAAAAAUGACAACUUCUUUAGCAGGGAUCAGAAUGUGGCAGACCCAACUAUUGAGUAUGUAAAGUUUUCCAAGGAGAGGCAGGUGAUGGAGAGGCAGGUGACAAUGGACAGCUCCCCAGAAAAACUGAAGAAAGAGUUGGAAGAGGAGCUGCAGAUGAGCAGUGAAGAUCUGCGAAGCCACGCCUGGUAUCACGGACGUAUUCCACGCCAGGUGGCAGAAAGCCUCAUUCAAAGAGAUGGAGAUUUCUUGAUUCGGGACUCGCUUUCCAGCCCUGGGAAUUUUGUCCUUACUUGUCAGUGGAAAAACAUCUCUCAGCAUUUCAAGAUCAAUAAAACCAUCUUGAGGCUCAAUGAAGCUUACUGCCGCGUUCAGUACUGCUUUGAAGACGAAAGUUUUGACAGCAUCCCCGGCCUGGUUCGGUGCUAUGUAGGAAACCGCCGGCCGAUAUCAAAGCAGAGCGGAGCAAUUAUAUUUCAGCCCAUCAACAGGACUGUUCCCUUGCGUUGUCUGGAGGAGAAAUAUGGCAUUUCCCCAGGCAUGCAAAGAGAAGGCAGCAUUCCUGAAGGACAAGUCGAUACUCCAAAAAGGCUCAGCCUCAAUAUGUGCAACCGCCUGGCCAGGGAGCAGAAUUCAGUUCGGGGAAAUCUUUUAAGAAACAAAGAAAAAAGUGGGAGUCACCCAGCAUGUUUGGACCAUGUGCAGGAGAAAAGGUUCCCUCUCAAGGCUCACCAGUCAGAAAGUUUUCUUCCAAUAGGUUCAAGACACCUGUCUCAGGGAACUGAAGCAGAAACCAGUCCUUGCCGAAAGUCUCCAGCCUUCAGGACAGGCAGCGAACCUGCUCUGAGUCCCUUGAUGUUUCGGAGAUUUGCUUCUGAGUUGCAAAUAAAUGAUGUUCUCAGGGGUUCAGAUAGCCAGCUCUACCCGAAGCCUCCCCCUAAACCCAGUAAAGUGCCCUUUCUGAGGCCAUCACACGGUUCAGAAGUGCUCUAUUGUGAACUUAAUGCAGCUCUUCCCGCAGACUGUAGAAUUUCAAAGCAAUCUUUAUGUCAGAAGAACAACUUUGUAGACUAUCUGACUACUAAGGAGAAUGGGACACAUCCUGAGCCGAACUAUUUGGUCCUGGACAAUAGAGAUUCUUUCCUCAGUUCUGUGGACCCACUAACAGCCCAGACAGAGAUGAGCAACGAGAGUGACGUCUUUGUUGCGCCUGUUCUUGAGAUGGUCUCCAGUUUCCAGCCCAACCAUUUUGAGUCAAAACUCCUUCCCUCAGAAAACAAACCCUUGGAGACAGCCAUGUUAAAAAGGGUGAAGGAGUUUUUCACUAACAACAGUGCAAAGACGAUUGCUCACCAUAUACUUAAGAUGGACUGCAAGGUUGCUAGGAUACUUGAAGUCUCCGAAGAGAUGCGGAGGACCAUGGGAGUCAAGUCAGGCCUGGAACUUAUUACACUGCCUUACGGACACCAACUGCGCCUUGACAUAAUUGAAAGACACAAUACUAUGGCAAUAGGAAUCGCAGUGGAUAUUCUUGGUUGUACAGGAAACUUAGAAGAGCGUGUCGCAACAUUAAACAGGAUUAUCCAAGUUGCUGUGGAGCUCAAAGAAUCUAUGGGGGAUCUCUACGCCUUCUCAGCUGUAAUGAAGGCUCUGGAAAUGCCUCAGGUUACAAGGCUGGAGCAGACAUGGACCAUGUUGAGGCACUGCUACACUCAGACAGCCAUUAUGUAUGAGAAGCAGCUGAAGCCAUUCUGCAAAGCCCUGCAUGAAGGAAGAGAGAUUGCUUCUGUUCCUCAAAACAUUGUCACCGUUCCCCUGCUGAUGCCACUGAUCAACCUGCUGGAACGCCAGACAGUUGUAUUUGAUGGGAUGGAUGUCUGGGAGAACACUGACCAAAGUUGUGAAAUCAUGCUGAAGCACUUGGCGACCGCACGCCUGAUUGCACAAAACGCCAGCCUAUACAGCAGAAAUGCAGAAAGGAUACUCGCAGGUUUUCAGCCAGACAAUGAGAUGAAAGAGAUCUUCAAAACAGAAUUUCAGAUGAGAUUGCUUUGGGGCAGCAAAGGAGCACAGGUUAACCAAAGUGAAAGAUAUGAGAAAUUCAACCAGAUUUUAACUGCACUCUCCCGGAAAUUAGAAUCCCCUCAAAUAAAGCAGAAUGAGUUGUGAAAUGUCUGGUGGACUCUCCAAUACAGAUAAUACAACCUAGUUAUUAAUGAAGAACCCACUAUGAAUAGGACUGUCAAAUAUUUGCAUAAAACUACUUUCCCAGGACAAAAAGAAACUGCUUUGACUCCCCACAAAUCAUUUCCUUUUCAGGACUGGUUUGGUGCCUGUUCAUCCCUUUACCUGCUGCUACUUUUAAUGUAUUUAUACAAACCUGGAAAUGGUGAUCCAAGGACUUAAUAAAACCAGUUCCAAAUUAGGACAGUGCUUUGUAGUUUACAAUUGUUUUAAAUCUAAAUCUGUAGAUGUUUUCAUGCUUUUUCACAGCAAGUUCUCAAAAGGGAAUCUUAUCACUGCCAUUUUUAAAAUAAAAAAACGCAACCUCUCCUAGGAUUUUGUUGUUGUUGCAUAGUCGUAAUAUAAAAGCUUGACAUCCAGAGCUUUCAUUCAGCAUAUGUAAAUUAUAGCAAGUGAAAUUCUUUGUAAAUUGCCUAAUAAGAAUGACUACUGAUUUAUAAAGGAUUCAUUAUUUAUUUGUUCUUGAUGCAACCUCCUUGAUUUUGGGGGCAGUGAAGAGGCUGAUCACUAUGUCAAGUAUUCAGGCCCCUGGCUAUGUUAGAUUAUUUUUAGUCUUCCAUCCAAUAAUGUUAUUAACAUACCAUAAUGUAAAUAUGAAUAAAGGUUAAAGGGUCGGCUGUGCAGAAGGUAUCAGUUGUAUGAUAUUCCUUAAAUUGUUAUAUAGCAAUUGUACAUAAGCUUUGUGAAGUAAAGCAUAUCUUUGAAGUAUUUUUUUGUCCCAGUGAAACAAGAGAAGAUUAAAAUGAUUAUGAGACCAGUGUU